GAAGUAUCCGAGUCAGGUGCUGUCGCCCGUCUACCAGAUGCAGCGAGUCAACGCAUGUCCAAGCGAACAUGUGUUGGCACUGGACUGGUGAUGAUUCAGGGAAUGGUUCAACUCAUACGGCCAUUCAACCGGGUUCGUUCAAUUGCAAUCGAGAAACUCUUGACUGUCAAUCUACUGUCUCGAAUAUCAAUUCAACAGUCGGGGAUCCUAGCUCCACCCGGAAAUGUCUCAUCGGCCACCCUGAAGACCAGAUCUCGCGUCCACUAAAAGUUUUGGAGUUCACAGCAGCUCGUCGUAAUAAUAGCUCGUUAUGCUCACGCUUUACGUAUGCCGGCGGUCGGUCCACAGCGGAGUCAGAUUCACCCCGGGCCGGCGUCGCUUGUUCGUUUCUAGCACGACGCCACGCUGCGUUGGCCAUUCCGAGCUGUGCUUUAUCAACUUUACAUACCCGGAUGGACGGAGGUGAGCCAAAUUGCCCGGACCCAACCCAUCAACGCCAAACAUCAUGGCCGAUCUAGAUUUCAAGGCCAUGCCGAAGAUAGAGGUAACCACAAGCUUUCCGGACUUCAUUGUCCUUUCAUGUCUUCUAUCUUCGCUGGUUGCUUGAGCCGUGUUCUGUAACAGGUGCAACUGAUAAGAUGACGAUUUGUUUGCGUUGCUCGUGGUUAUGCGCGAGAGAGGAGAGAGAGUUCUUCCC